GCCGUCUUACUCGGCGAAAAUCAUACCACCAUACUUUGCUAGCGAUGUCGUCGCCAGAAUCUGACUGGUCAACCCAUUCCGAGUUCACGCCCGUUUUCGGCGAGCGAUGGAAAGAGGCGGCUCCUGAAAACGAAAUUCGACUCCGCGAUGCUAUUGAGAAGACAGAGAAGGACAUCAAAGAGCUAUAUGACCUCCUCGAAAAACAGAAAGAGGAGCUUUUUGUAGCCAGAGCUCGACAGGCGCCUAUCGCCCGUGUUCCGGACGACGUCCUUGGACUUGUGUUCGAAGCGUUGGCCAAACAUCUCAAUUCGACGCGCAAUAAAGCCACAUCAAGCAGUGGGCUUUCCACUGCAGACCAGCUCGCAUGCGCACAAGUAUGCUCUCGAUGGCGCCGAGUCGCAUUUGACACAUCAGCAUUAUGGUCUCCCUUUGUAAUUAACCGCGACACUGGCAUGCUUGCGCUGGAAUUCGCUGCUUUUCUGCUGGCGCGUACUUCUUGGCCCUUUGGACUUGAAUUCACGCUUACCUGCGACAAAAUCGGCGAUUUGUUCAAGAGAUCUGCCGCCAUGUUGUCACGGUAUGGUAGUCGACUGACGUUUCUCUCUUUGAAGGUGUGUAAGUACGGCAUUCACAAAUUCUUUGCCGCUGGUAUAGGUGCACAUAUCCCCAACCUGCAAUAUCUCAAAUACGGUCCGGAGCCCAAGGAACUUUGCCAACCAUAG